CUGACCGAUUAUUUACAACAAGGCCAAUGAACAUCGCCCUCUUCACACUAUAACACUUACUCUUUGCUCCUUCGGCAAUGCCCAAGUUAAUGCCUAAUCUAAGUACAGUCCCUUAAUUGCUAAGGCCAAGCCCUGUUCAUGGGAAGGAGGUUCCUUGGAUGUGAACAGAUCAGACAUUGCAGACCAGAGGCACACACGCUCAGGGACUCGCCAGACUCGUCUCUUCCUGCCGAGCAACAGGACCUUCAGGACUGACCAUAGGAAGCAGCCACCAUGUCCAAAAACUCCUCCGUCUCCAAGGCUUUCGCCGCUGCCUUUGUCGUCCUGACCGUCUCUGCCAUCACCGGCCUUGUCAUCAUGAUCAUUGUGUACAACACUGAGAUCUCCUCAAUGAACCCGACGCCCCGUCCAACUUUCCCUUCCACCACCGCAGGUCCACCGCCUGACAUGCGUCUGCCGAAGAAUCUCAGACCUCAGAGCUACAAGGUCCUCCUGUGGCCUCGCUUCUACACCAAAAUCAUUGAGGAGGUGAAUGUCACCAGUCCCAACCAGACGCUUCUCUUCACUGGAAACUCUACCGUUAACUUUCAUUGUGUCCAGAGCACUAGCUCCAUCUACCUCAACAGCAUGUGGCUGAUAGUGGCUAAUCCUGUGGUGAUGAACAAAGACACAAAUGAGAAGAUCGGUGUUUCUGCAGUGAAUGACCAACAAGACAACUCUAUCUUCCUGGAGGUCCAGUUGAAUAGUGCUUUGGAGGCAGGAGGGAACUACAGUUUGUCUCUGGAUUUCAGUGGAGAAAUAUCAGAAUUUCUUUAUGCGAUUUAUGUCAGCACAUAUGUUGAAGGUGUGCCGGCUCACGAAGGCGAUACAAAUACAGAGAGAUUCCUUGUCGCCACCAAUUUGGAACCAACAGAUGCCAGCAGACUUUUUCCUUGUUUCGAUGAGCCAGAUAUGAAGGCAACAUUUAACGUGACCAUCAUCCACAGGAGAGACACGAAAGCUCUUGGGAAUGCGGAACAGUCAGACUCCAAUAUUAUAGACAAAGAGUGGAAAUACACCAGUUUUCAUCCAACGCCGAUCAUGUCAACAUACCUGUUUGCCUUCACGGUUUCAGAGUUCAAUUCAAUCUCCUCCCAACAUGACCGUGUGAAUAUCCAAACGUAUGCUCGUCCUGAAGCCAUUGCAGCAGGACACGCUCAGUAUGCGGCCAACAUCACCGGAGAGAUUCUCAAGUUCUACGAGAGUCAUUUUGAAAUUAUUUACGCACAAACAAAGCUAGAUCAAAUAGCACUUCCAGACUUGGAACCUACAGCAAUGGAAAACUGGGGACUGAUCACAUACCAGGAGGGAGUGCUGCUGUAUGAGAAGGGAGUGUCCUCUCUGCUUCACAAGGAAUUCAUCGCCAUGAUCAUUGCACAUGAACUGGCACACCAGUGGUUUGGAAAUCUGGUGACAAUGAAAUGGUGGAAUGACAUUUGGCUGAAUGAAGGCUUUGCCAACUACAUGUCAUUCUUUGCAGUGGACCAUGUUGAGCCGACAUUUAAAUUAAAAGACAUGCAUAUGAUGAACAACCUCCAUAAUGCUUUUGAGCAGGACUCUCUGGCCUCUUCUCAUCCUCUCAGCCCUCCGCAGGGAGAUAUCCAGACCACUUCUGACAUCAUUCAGAUGUUUGAUUCUAUAAGCUACUGCAAGGGGGCAGCUGUGCUGAGAAUGCUCGCAGACUACGUGGAUAAAAGGGUUUUUGACAACGGAAUCAAAAUGUACCUCUCGGACUUAAGGUAUAAAAACUCAGACCAGAACGACCUGUGGGAAUAUAUACAAAAGGCCGUGGACGAAGACGCUGGUCACACCGAGGUUGCCGAGAUGAUGAACACCUGGACCAAACAGAUUGGCUAUCCUGUCGUCACCAUCAACACUACCAACGGAGAAGUCUACCAGAAGCACUUCUUGUUCAAUGACUCCUCCGAAUCUAGUCUUUCGUGGUUCGUCCCGGUCAGAGUCAUGUCAAAUAUAUCUGCACCUACUGUCCUACUUUUGAAACCUGGCAAAAUAGAAAAUAAAGACGAAUUCCUUUCGACUAAUGGAGAGUGGAUCCUGGCAAAUGUCAACUGUUCUGGAUACUACAGAGUCAAUUACAACCCAGAGAACUGGGAACGCCUCCUGACUCAGAUGGAGAAAAACCCACACCGGAUCCCGGUGAUGAACAGAGGGCAGCUUGUAGAUGAUGCAUUUAACUUGGCAAGGGCCAAAAUUGUCGAAGUGACUCUGGCUCUGAAUUCAACGCGCUUCCUUCGGAAUGAGAGAGAGUUCCUUCCCUGGGAGUCAGCAGUCAGGAACCUUGAGUACUUUGUCCUCAUGUUUGACCGCUCCGAGGUGUACGGACCAAUGCAGGUGUAUCUCCGUAAACAGGUUGAAGGCCUGUACAACUCACAGAACCAAAGUGAAGUCCCAACGGAUCACUCCUCACAGCACACCCAGAUCAUCGCCAUACAGGUGGCCUGUUCCAACAGACUCCCAGAAUGCUUAGAGAUGGCUACAGAGAUGUUUGCUAACUGGAUGAACAGCAACACCACGGAAAACAACAUCCACCCCAACCUGCGGUCUGUAAUCUACUGCCAGGCUGUGGCGGUUGGCGGGAAGGAAGAGUGGGAGUUUGCCUGGAACAAGUUUCAGAGCUCGAGCGACACCUCUGAGAAAGACCAGCUCCGUGAAGCUCUGGCCUGCACCAAGAAGAUCUGGCUGCUCAGCAGAUACCUGGAGUACACUUUGAACCCUGAGAUGAUACGUCUAAUGGAUGUUGCUUCCACUAUUAACCAUAUAGCGAAUAACGUGGCGGGGCAGGCGCUGGUCUGGAACUUUAUCAGGGCGCACUGGGAAUACCUCCAUAUGUGGCAUGGACCCGAGCUGAUCAGGGGAGUGACCAGAAGGUUCUGCACUCAAUUUGAACUGGACGAGCUGGUGAAGUUUUCUAUAGAGUAUUAUCAGAGUACUGCUACCAGAAGGGCCAUAGAGCAAACCCGAGUCAACAUCCAGUGGGUCAGCCAGAACAAAGACAUUAUACUUCAGUGGUUUGAAAGAGAAACUGCUUUGUAGACUGGGAAACAGACCUGAUUGUUUUAGAGCCUCGCACAUCAGUGGUGCGAGCAGUUUGUAAUUCUUUAGCUGACUUUCCUCUCCACUAAAUCCACUUUAAAAACAAGAACUGAUCGAGAGCGAAUCUCACUUAAUCAGAAAAAGAAUAAGAGGGAAAAAUUCCCAAACUGAAGAGUGACUGUGCAGCAUCAUAAGACUGAAGCUAGUAUAGUACUGACUCAAGAGAGAAAUGUUUAUGUAUGUUCAUUAUUUAUACAGUCAAAGUAACACGAUAUUUACUCCACUGUUUGCACAUGAUGCUUUAGCAUCAGUCAACUUUAAAAUGUAGUUGUAUUUGUUUGUUUGAAAAUGUUUCAGGUUUGAUAAUAAAUGUGAACAUAUUUACUUUUCAAAAUCACUUUUGUUCUUGUUGCUUAUGACCAAAAUGAUUUUACAAUCAAAACUUUUCUACAGUAAAAGGAUUGAAACUUCCAAUGGGUAUAUUAAUCUCCUAGCUAACAUGUGGAGGACAAACACUAGUUCAUUGGAAGAGCGUUGUGUUACUUCCUCUGUGUUAUGGGGAACAUGUCUGUUUGUGCAUUAUGUAUGUUGUAAUCAAGGAUCAACAUUGUUCUUGUAUGUUGCUGAAAUUGUUAUUUUUAAUAAUAAAAUAUUGACAUUGUU